AUGGUUGGGCGCAUGCUCAGUAACUGCUUCCGCGACGUACCUAGCCAUCUUUCCAGUCAAGCAAAAGUGAUUAUUUUUCAACUUUAGUCUUAUUUAAUUGAACUUUUAUUAAUGUCAGAGCCACAGUCCGCGCUUUUACUACGAAAACAAUUAGCAGAAUUGAAUAAAAACCCAGUAGAAGGGUUUUCGGCAGGCCUCAUAGACGACAAUGACAUAUAUCGAUGGGAAGUGCUCAUUAUUGGACCUCCGGAUACGUUGUACGAGGGCGGUUUCUUCAAAGCGCAUUUACAAUUUCCCAAAGAGUAUCCACUCAGGCCACCAAGGAUGAAAUUCAUCACAGAAAUAUGGCACCCCAACAUCGAAAAAAAUGGUGAUGUGUGCAUAUCGAUCCUGCACGAGCCUGGGGAUGAUAAAUGGGGAUACGAAAAAGCAUCAGAACGGUGGCUACCAGUUCACACAGUUGAAACCAUUCUUAUCAGCGUUAUUAGUAUGUUGGCUGAUCCGAAUGACGAAAGUCCUGCGAAUGUAGAUGCCGCCAAAGAGUGGAGGGAAAGUUACACAGAGUUCAAGCGGAAGGUGGCGAGGUGCGUCCGAAAAAGCCAAGAGGAGUGUUUGUAGGAGAAGAACAAAUACACAAACGGAAAGACUUAUUUAAUUCUGGGAAACCGUAAGCACUGUACGAGAGAACCCGAAGUUCAGCAUUAAAGCUAACGGACAGCAGUGCCACUAAAAACGGAUAAAGCCUGACCCAUCCUUACGCAGAGUGAGAGGGAGAGAAAGGGAGACAGCGAAUGCGAGAAAAAAAAAGGUGAAAAGCAGUAAUAUGAACAGAGUGUAAGAAAGACAGUAAGGAAGAAAGAAUUUAAAAAACGGGGGAAAAAACAAGAAGUAAACUUGGUUAAGAAGAGAAACGAGAGACGAUCUUCACGCAGCUCUGUCGCGUCUCCGAACCACCGCCACCGACGAACCAUCCAUCUAUACGGAAAAGAAACACACAUGCAGCUCACCUUUUACAUAAUACAGUUAAAAAAAAACUAAUUUACAACUAUACAUAAUACAAGGAAAGAAAAUCAUCUGUACGAAUACUACCUUAAUAUUAAUAGUUAUUGUAAACUUAACCCCGUCCCAUACCCCAUGCCCAUUGAAGAAACGUCUGCCCCGCGCGAAUCCCCAUCAACCCUUUGUAAUUUAAAAUAUGUUUACGUUUAUCAACUCAAUAACAAUUCCUUAGCGUCGUUUCGUAUUUUCUUACUUUCAUAUAAUAUAAACAAUUUUUGUAAAACUCGAUACAAGAAACACAAGGAAAAAAAACGUUAAAGCCAAAAUGAGAUACAAUUAUCGUUCAAUGUAAGCCAGGAAAGUGGAAGGAAAUACAUACGAAUUACUACGAUACUGCGAUACCAUAUAAAAAUGGAUAUCAAGUAAAACACGUAUAAACUGUGUUGCGUAGGAUAAAUAACGUCUCGAAUAUUUUCAUCGAAACGUAAGUUGCCAAAAUGCUAACGAAUCCUCUAAGUAAUGCUUUAUUACGAACAUACAAAUAUUAGGUGACAUAAAAACUAUGCGUAAUUCGGAAAAUCGACGUGUAACUUAUUUGUAUUUCGCUCUAUUAAUACCAUCGCUGCUCAAGGGCAAUUUUUCCCUUCCUUUCAAUCUGACUUGCGAUUCCAGUUACGGACUUACGUUGAAAAUCAAACAACUUUGUCCAAUUAUAUAUUAGUAUUGUCAAUUAAAUUUUGAAGCACGGGAAAUAAUCACUUCAUUGAAUCUUUCCUAACCUUUCGUACAUAUUGAGCAAUGUAAGUCAUACAUUUGUAUAACCACUUAUACAACUGUGGUAUACAAUUUAAUAUAAAUUUAUGAUUUUUUCUUUUCUUUAUGGCCUCAUCAUCAAAUGAUAAAGUGCCUAAUUUUGUUUGACAUUCGAACUUGUAGUACUAAGGUAAAAUUAGUAAGUGCUCAUGAAAUCAGGUCUAAUGUUUGAUAAACAUGGCCAUCCUCUGUGAAGUGGUAAAGUCUCAUAAUAAGAGAUAAUAAGGAACAUCUUUAUAUUCAUCUUAUUAUAUUUUUUUUCAAUUAA